CUCGGAGCGCCAACAUCGCGCCUACCUUCCCGGCUGACUCACUGCCCCCGCCAUUGUCGAUAUACCACCGUCAUCACUGAUCUCGCCUCAUCUCGCAAGGCUCUCACUCACUCAUUGCUUGUGCUCUUUGCGGCCUCCGCAUCGUCAUGAUCAUCAUGGCAAGACAGCCGGCAGCCGUCUUGUUGAUCGUGCUGGAGAUCUUGGGAGGGGCAUGGAUAUGCGCGGCGCAUUCUGUCCCACCGCUGAAGGCGACACGCACGCUGCCUGUCGUGAGGCCUCUCGCGCCCUCAGCCGACGAGGCAUUCAUCGGCAGCGUCGUGGGAGCUACCAGGAGGCGAUGGGAGCAGGCCGCAUCCAAGAUCAGGCAGCGACCACCAACCUCAGCCAUCCCUGCGACCGGGCCUGCGGUGCCUCCCACACUGGGAGCUGUGUCGCUGGACACGAGCGCUCACCUGGAGAAGAGCCAUAAACCCCUGUGGUCAGCGGAUGGUUGAGGUGGUCGUGAGUGAGUGAGUACGCGUGUGUGCUUCAGGAAGCGGUUUGUUCCUUCUGAGCGGACGCUCAAGAAGAUCCUCCCGCUCGGCGCCAUGUUUUUCCUCAUCCUCUUUAACUACACCAUACUCAGGGGUGAGCAAAAGAGGCAUGGGCCCCGGCUUGGCCUGUUGGCAGGAAGGAAGCACGCAUCUCUCUCUCUGUGUGUGUGUGUGUGUGUUGAUGUCCGGACCGGAUGUGCAGACACGAAGGAUGUGUUGGUAGUGACGUCGACCGGUGCGGAGAUCAUCCCCUUCCUCAAGACCUACGUCAACCUCCCCGCAGCCAUCGCAUACACCAUACUGUUCUCGAAAAUGUCCAACAUGUUCAGCAGGUCAACCAACACAACAAAGCCACCGAAUCAUGGCAAUGGCAACACGGCCAUUGAUCUCUCUCUGUGUGUGUGUGUGUGUGUGUUCAGGGAGCAGCUGUUUUACGUCAACGUUUUCCCCUUCCUGGCGUUCUUUUUGUCGUUCGCCUUCAUCAUCUACCCCCACAGAGCCCUCCUGCACCCCGUCGGAGCCGUAUCAGCACUCUCUGCUGCUCUGCCUGCCGGGUAGGACACACACACAGACACCACCACAGCCACCCAGCAAUGAAGCCGACACACGUGUAAGUUGUGUGUGUUCCCUCCCAGUUUGGCUGCUCGUCUCGCAGCACCGCUGGGCAUCAUCAAGAACUGGUCCUUUGCCGUGUUCUACACGAUGGCCGAGCUGUGGGGCUCGGUGGUGGUGUCGCUGCUGUUUUGGGGGUUUGCCAACGAAGUGACCAGCGUGAAUGAGGCCAAGCGGUACUACCCCCUCUUCUCGCUCAUGGCCAACGUCGCACUCAUCUUCUCGGGACAAUACGUCAGGUACACUACACACACUGACUGCCACAGACACACGAGGCAGACAGAAAGACUCUCUGUUCACGCCGUUGUUUGGUCAGGUAUGUGUCUCGUCUGCGUGCGAAUCUGCCGCUGGGCGUGGACGGCUGGACGGUCAGCCUGCGGUACCUGAUGAGUGCAAUCGCCGUGUGCGGGACGGCCAUCACGGGCAUCUUCUACUGGAUGCAACGGUUCGUGAUCCCCAACCCCAACCUGGUGGACGCCACGGUGCAGAAGAAGACCAAGCAGAAGACCUCCAUGGGGAUCCGCGAGAGCAUCAAGUACCUCGCCAGCUCGCCCUACAUCCGGGACCUGGCGCUGCUGGUCAUCUGCUACGGCAUGAGCAUCAACAUGGUGGAGGUCUCCUGGAAGGCGCGACUGAGGCAGGCCUACCCCGACCCCAAUGCCUACUCCUCCUUCAUGGGGGCCUUCUCCACUGCAACCGGGUGGGGUGGGAUGGGGGACACACAUCAGCCAGUGAAUCGAUGUCUCCCUUUUUGUCUCAAUGCGCUCAUGUCAUGUGUGUCUUGCUUGCGUGUGUGUCAGGUCUGUGACAUUGCUGAUGCUCUUGGUGAGCCAGGUGGUGCUGAAUCGGUUCGGCUGGACGACGGGCGCCCUCAUCCCGCCAGCGGUGCUGCUGGUGACGGGCCUGGGGUUCUUCUCUCUCCUGCUCUUCCAGCCACAGCUCACACCGAUCCUCAGCAAACUAGGCGGACUCUCACCUCUGCACCUUGCCGUCAUGGUAAGCAUGCGCUUGCGGCCAUGAGUGCCAUGUCGUCAUUGUGCUGUUUGUUUGGUGUCUGGCAGAUCGGUGCGCUGCAGAACAUCUUGUCGAAGGGCGCCAAGUACAGUCUGUUCGACCCCUGUAAGGAAAUGGCUUACAUCCCUCUCGACGCCGAGCAGAAGUCAAAGGGCAAGGCCGCCAUCGACGUCAUCGGAAACCCACUCGGCAAAUCAGGUACCUACACAGACACACACACACAGACACACGCACACCCCCCCCGCACCCAAACAGCCAGCCGAGUACACCCACCCGUUCCCACUCAUUGCUCUCCUUUUCUUCGUCAGGCGGCGCGUUUGUGCAGCAGCUGCUGAUUUUCGCCUUCGGGUCGCUGGCUGCGUCCACGCCCUACCUGGCCAUGAUCCUUUUCGGCACCAUCACCAUAUGGAUGCAGGCCGCCCAGCGUCUCGGCCACCAGUUUGAGGACAAGAUGCACCUGCAAAACGAGGAGAUCACCGACGAGGAGGAAGAGAUGGACAAGAACGACAUGUCACCGUCUUCGUCACCGUCGGCGGCGUCGACUGUGUCGAGUGUGUCGAGUGCGGGCGAGGCCGGCAUGGCACGGUCGAUGGCCAAGGUGGAUGUCUACAUGGACGAGGACGACAUCGACGAUGACGUGUCGGAGCAGAGAGACAUGGACAUGCCGCUGCAGCGGUCGUCGUGAGGCAGGCCGAGUGUGUGUGUGUCUGGGGGGAGUGAUGUGUCCGAGAGGGGGGAAGGGGGGUGUCAAGCGCGCUUUUCUUGCAGUGCUUGACUCGCCUCAUUUUUCGUGAUGCUCUCCUGCGUCACACACUCGAGGGGUGGAUGGAUGGAUGGAUAGUUUGAACAGCGGGCUGCUGGCUGGCUGAUCAUGAGUGAGUGGCUGGUCUGGUCUGGCGUGCAUGCGUGUGGCUGAGGACUACUGUCCUGUCACACUGUGUGAGUGCGGCCGUGUGGGGUGUGUGUGUGUGUGUGUGUGUACUUUGUGCGCAUUGUCUCCAUCCAUCCACAGUUUAUAUAUACCAUUAACGAUAACGAUCGCUGUGUUGGGUAAUGGGUAAUGGGUGGCGGGCGGUGGGAUGGGGUGCUGUGGCAGGGAGCAUGUACAGGGGGCGGGGCAGGUGUCUGUUGGCCUUGCAGAGGCCAACACAAGACAGACAGCCUCACAGAGAG